UCGACUCGUUCCUGAUUUCUGUGUUAACUCUGGAUCUGUAAGGAUGAACUCUGUAAAUGUCAGGAAACCUGCUGUGAAAAUCUCAUGAAGAACUGAAGACACACUUCAUCCAGGAAUUAAACACGCCAGAUCGUCAUGGAUCUUUCGUUUAUGGCUGCGCAGCUCCCGAUGAUGAGCGGCGCGUUCAUGGAUGCGUCUCCGGUGGACGACUGCAGCACAGAGCAUUCGCUCUUCAACUCGACCGCGAGUGUGAACGCAGCGCCGGCUCCCUCAGCGCCGACACCACAGGAGGAGCAGCGCGUGUCCAGCGACGCCGUCUGGCUCUGGAUCGCCAUCAUCGCCACCAUCGGCAACAUCGUAGUGGUUGGAGUCGUUUAUGCUUUUACCUUCUAGGGAUCGAUUGGAGACUUUUGGUUUUCUUUCUCUCCACCGUCCAGAGACCUGCAGUCCCACAUGCACCUGAGGGACGAAGAGUAGCGGCCUUCGCUAUUAACCUGAAACCAGCCUCAAAACUGGAGGGGGAAAAGCCCCAUAUCGGUAAUAUCGGUUCAUUUAUAAUGUUAUCGUUAUCGGUCUGAUAAGAAAAUUGUGUGUUUGGGACAUUGAUUUUAAAUG